CAAUCAAUUCCAUCUGUCUCACAAAUGACUGCCGUGGGUUUCAUAUGUAAUCGACCACAGUGUCAUAGGUUAACCCUUUCUAAACGGCCGCCGCUUGAACGUGCUGGAACGCACCCUCCGUUACCAAGCCGGAAGGAAGGAAGGAGCGAGUUGCGGCAGAUUGUCAAGUCUGUUUAUUUUCUAGCGGUUUUAGCCAGCUAGCUAGCUAACGGCGGGCCUAUUGGAAAAGGGAACAUGCCGCGGGAAAUCAUAACGCUUCAACUGGGACAAUGUGGAAAUCAAAUUGGUUUUGAGUUUUGGAAGCAGCUCUGUGCAGAGCAUGGCAUAAGUCCGGAGGGGAUCGUGGAGGAGUUUGCUACUGAGGGGACUGACAGAAAGGAUGUAUUUUUCUACCAGGCUGAUGACGAGCAUUAUAUCCCCCGUGCUGUUCUUCUGGAUCUGGAGCCCAGGGUAAUCCAUUCCAUCCUCAAUUCCCCUUACGCCAACCUGUACAACCCAGAGAAUAUUUACCUGUCUGAGCAUGGUGGUGGUGCGGGGAACAACUGGGCCAGUGGCUUCUCACAGGGUGAGAAAAUCCACGAAGACAUCUUUGAUAUCAUUGACCGGGAGGCCGAUGGAAGCGACAGUUUGGAGGGGUUCGUCUUGUGUCACUCCAUUGCUGGGGGUACGGGUUCUGGGCUGGGUUCCUACCUGUUGGAGAAACUCAAUGACAGGUACCCAAAGAAGCUGGUGCAGACUUAUUCUGUCUUUCCCAACCAGGAUGAGAUGAGCGAUGUAGUCGUCCAGCCUUACAACUCACUGCUUACGCUGAAGAGGCUCACCCAGAAUGCAGAUUGCGUGGUGGUGUUGGACAACACAGCUUUAAAUCGCAUCGCCACAGACCGGCUGCACAUCCAAAACCCCUCCUUCUCCCAGAUCAACCAGCUGGUCUCCACCAUCAUGUCUGCGAGCACAACCACCCUACGUUACCCAGGGUACAUGAACAACGACCUUAUUGGUCUGAUUGCCUCACUUAUUCCAACACCCCGCCUCCACUUCCUUAUGACUGGCUACACACCGCUCACCACCGACCAGUCGGUGGCCAGUGUGAGGAAAACCACAGUGCUGGACGUGAUGAGAAGGCUUCUGCAACCCAAGAAUGUCAUGGUGUCCACAGGUAGGGACAGACAAACCAACCACUGCUACAUUGCUAUUCUCAACAUCAUCCAGGGAGAAGUGGACCCCACACAGGUGCAUAAAAGCCUACAAAGGAUCCGGGAACGUAAGCUAGCCAAUUUCAUCCCAUGGGGUCCUGCCAGCAUCCAGGUGGCCUUGUCCAGGAAGUCCCCUUACCUGCCCUCUGCCCACCGAGUCAGUGGUCUGAUGAUGGCUAAUCACACCAGUAUCUCCUCUCUGUUUGAAAGGACGUGUCGGCAGUAUGACAAACUGCGUAAACGCGAGGCCUUCCUAGAGCAGUUCCGCAAGGAGGACAUCUUCAAGGACAACUUCGACGAGCUGGACAACUCUCGUGAAGUGGUCCAGCAACUGAUAGAUGAGUACAGCGCAGCCACACGACCCGACUACAUCUCCUGGGGUACUCAAGAACAGUAACACGACUUGUACAACACAGUCAGCAAAAGUGCCGAGUUAUUUACCUCAGUGCUAAGUCUCUUCACUCACCCUAAGACAGUUAUCAGAAGGCUUUGCACUUAAGACUUCCCAAACACGUAGGCGUUAAACAACAGCAGCUCUUGAGUGAUUUUUUUUUCCACUCCCACAUGAAUCUGAUAUCAUGCAAUGAAAAUGAUAACUAGUGGUCUUAAAGUCAGGAGGAGUUUUAGAAGCGGUUGCUCCUUUCUCAUUCUGUCUAGUAAAGGAAAGUGAAUAUAAGCCAUUGAUUUCUGUCUGGGACUUUCAGAACUUCUGGGGUUUCCAAAGCCCAACAUUAAAGAAAAAUUUAAAAAGGCAGUCCUGACCCGACCUUCUGGUGAGGUGAUUGUCCCUUAGAUGUCCCUUGUAGAUGUCUCCUCUUAAUAUUGUGUUGGAGUUAGGAGACAGUCCGGAUUUCUGUGCCUGUACACAAGCCCCUAAGAAUUAUCAAGUCAAUUUCAUUUGUAUAGCCCAUAAUCACAAAUUAUAAAUUUGCCUCAGUGGGCUUUACAGCACCACACCAUUCAGUCCUGAGACCCUCACAUCAGAUAAGGAACAGCUCCCUAAAACAUUUCUUUUUCAUUCCUUUCUCAUACACUGCCAUUUUCUCUUUAGUUACUCUUUUUUUUCCUCAAGUGGAGAGCCCUUUUUGCCUUUUUUAGUCUAUUUUCACAUUAAGUACAGCACAAAAUUGUCAUUGAUUUACAUUGGCAUAAGCCUAAACAGCAAGCGCUUGUGUAAAGUACUCCAACCCCUUUAGGUUCAGAUUUACAGAAUAUGUGACCUGGUAGUUAACAGCAUCUCUGACAUUUCUGGUAUGGUGCAUCACGUCUGGUCUGCUGCUGUAUUCUCGUGAAUAUGCUGAUACAAUCAUUAAAACCCAUAAUGAUAAUCAGGCUGUCAGGAGAAGAAAAAAAAGAUUCAUUGCUGCACUUGCUGGGACCGCCACCACACUUUGUUGGAUUUAAAACAAAACUGUGUGACAGGUAUUGUAAGAUCAAUCUGCAUUGACAUUCAAAUAGGAGCUGCAUUCUUAUCAUCUAAAACAAAACUAGUUUUAACACUCAAACUUUGUGCCUGUACGUAUACCUUUUAACAUGUGGUUAGAUGGAUCCUUUGUAUUCUUUCAAAUUGUCCAAAAUGUAUAGUUUCAUGUUGCUUUGCCUGUUGGACCUAUGUGAAAUGAUUAAUAAAGAUGUUCUCGGUUAACAUGCGCUCAGCGGUGGAAUCUGACAAAAUGGUACAAUAUCAGUAGGAAGGGGGUCAAUACUGACCCCAGAUCCAAACGAUUAGUAUUUUCCACAUCGUGCUUUAGAGCAUAUUAGGCAUCAACCAAUUUUGCUUCACCUGGAGCUUCUGUGUAUUGGUGCCCCAGCAUUAGAUCAUCUAACCCAGUUAAGCCUCAUUACCACU